AUGUCGGGACUCAGAACAUAUCGUAACUAUUCGUUGUCAGAAACGCCCUCCUUGGAAGGGCAGGUUGCAGUUGUCACGGGUGGCCAAGAAGGUAUCGGCAAGGAGAUUACCGCCCAGUUACUGCUCCACGGGAUCGACCAGGUCAUCAUUGUCGCGAGAAAUGAGGACAAUUUCAAGUCUGCAUACGAUGAUUGGCGAGUCAGAAAGGGAACCAAUCUGACCGAAGGCGACAACCGAGUCGUUUUUAUGAAGUGUGAUCUCGGCGAUAUGAAGAAUGUUGCGGCCACCGCAGAAAGGAUUAAGCAAAGAGCAGACCAGAUUCACAUCUUGAUCUGCAAUGCAGGUCUUGGCGUACAACCCAUUGAACCACUCAACGACGACGGUAUCGACCCCAUCUUCGCGGUCAAUUGCAUCGGUCACCAAAUGCUCACGACUCUCCUCCUCCCCAACAUCAAAAGGGCUACCGCCACGGCUCCCCACGGCGCUCGCAUCAUCUUCACAUCCUCCAGCAUGCACCAAUUCUGCAGAACUCUCGACCUGGCCGAUCUGACCCGUCCUUCUGGAAUCUAUCCCCACCUGGCUGACUGUGUCUGGCGCUACGGCCGGUCGAAGGUAGGAAAUACACUGUUUGCCAAGGAGCUGAAUCGUCGUCUUCUUCUCGAUGCCGCGGAGAAUGAUGAUCCGGCGGCGAGAGAUAUCUACGUGAACUCGUAUUUCCCGGGUAUCGUGGUCACGCGGCAGUGGCAAGGGUGGAGCGAGCAUAUGGGUGAUUUGGUGGGGAAGGUGAUGAGGUUUUUGGCAAGGUUUGGAGGGCAGAGUGAUGAGGAUGGUGCGGCGUCGGCGAUAUAUUUGGCGGCGAGUCCAAAGGUGAAAGAGCUGGAUUCAAGGGGGUUGUAUUAUAUCCCUAUUGCAACGGUGGAUGAGCCGACGGCCCUGGCACAGGAUGAGAAGUUGGCGACUCGGUUAUGGGACUGGAUCGAUGAUCGAGUUGCGCAGAAGUUGGGGCCAGACUGGAAGACUGUGCAGUGGUGA